UUUCACCGUGAGCAGGCGCGAGAGUGGCAACGGUGGAUCGCUUUAUUUAUUUUCUGUCAAGAGUAGCGCAGCGUGUGCCAAUGCGAAGUGCCGGUUACAGUAGCCAGGCGCCUACUUUGGUACGAUAUUUUGGCGGUCAGCGAUGGAAAUCACAGACUCGGGCAGUGUGAUUUUAACAGCUUACCAUUCAUACGCACCGUCCAGGAUACAUUUGGUGGAUGAAGGCUGUGCGACUCCGCUAUCUCCAAGACACUCUCCUUGCAGGAAGGUGCAGUACCAGGGGAUAGGCCUACUAGGCAGGAUGAGUUCCAGGGGGGCCAGGCCCUCUUCUCCCCCCAGCUCACUGGAGCGCCUGGCGUCGCGGGACUCCCAAGACUCCAUGGAGGACUACUGGAGCGAAGUGAAGAACAUCGAGGAGGAUGGUGAACGGGGCCACGAGGACCUGCUGGAGAGGGGCAGUAUGGAUGAGGCCGAGCUUGAGGAGGCGUGGCUGCAGGAGGCGGGUCUGUCCACGUUUGUGUCGGGGGAGUUGGGGGAGGGGCCUGCGGAGGCGCUGCUCUCCACGCUGACGCGCUCACAGGCAGCCAUGGUGAAGAAGCGUGUGGACAACUAUACCCUGACCAUGAGGAAGAGGAACAAGCAGCCGGCCAGACACGUCCAAGAUGUCUUCUCCACGCCAGACACAUUGCUGGUUGAUCCCAUACCGCCUGUCCCGCCCAAGUCACCCAAUGGACACAUGCCUUCCAGAUGCAUCCACCGGACGUCUUCUAGAGUGCGACCUGCUUUUCCCAGCUUCUCCCCAGUGGAGGGACGUGUUUCAGAGUGCCCUCCCCCUCAGGAUACCUCUGACUCCCUGUCUUUCGAGGUGCCUUACUCCGAGGGCGUCACUGCCCACCGCAGGGGCCGCCAGGGGGACUGCCAGGACUGCCAACGCAUCCGCAGAGACGACCCCGACCUGCCAACAUUUCAGCUGCCUAGGCCUAAACUAGGCCUCACCCACAUACAAGACCUAUCUUGUGAGGACAUGAAGAAGAUCGGCUAUAUCUCUCUGAUUGAACUGACCACGUUCUACGACUGCUUGGGCAUUGAGCUCAAACGCAACCGAGCGGCACGCAGCAAGGCCAGAGAAAGUGGUGUAUUUGGAGUUUCCCUGACCACUCUACUGGAGAAUGACCAGAAGAAAUUCCCAGAGUCCAAGGUUCCUCUCGUCUUCAAAAAGCUCUUGUCCAAGCUGGAGCAGACAGGACUACAAACAGAGGGGAUUCUCAGAGUACCAGGGUCUGCAUCCAGAGUAAAGCAUCUUCGCCAGGAGCUCGAGCAGAAGUUCUAUGAGGACCGGUUUGACUGGGAGCAGGUGAGGCACAACGAUGCAGCGGGCCUGUUGAAGAUGUUCAUCAGAGAGCUGCCUUAUCCUCUGCUCACUCUCCAACACUUACCGGCCUUCGCCGCUGCACAGAGUGUCUCCUCUCCCAGACACCAGAUCCAGGCUCUGCACCUCCUCAUCAUGUUGCUCCCUGAGCCCAACAGAGACACACUCAAGGCCCUGUUGGAGUUCCUGAGGAAGGUGGUAGCUUAUGAAGAAAAGAAUAGGAUGAGUCUGUGGAACGUGUCCAUGAUCGUGGCUCCCAACCUCUUCACCUACCGGGGCAAGAACGCCAAGCAGGAGGAGAUGCAGGGGGCAGCCGGGGCGGCCCACCUCGUACGGCUACUCAUCACAUACCAAGACCUGCUCUGGACCGUGCCCUGCUUUCUCAUCUCCCACGUGAGGAAGUUGAAUGAGGCUGGUGCCAGCAAGAAGCCGCCCAGCUCAGAGAAGACCAAGAGGAAGCUGCUACUGAUGAGGAAGAGGAACGCCGAGAAGACUGAGAGGAGCGAGUUGACUGACCUCAGAGAAGGGGUCAUCAGGGUUCACGCCCCACAACACGCCAAGAUCUCCAUGGCAAUCCAGUUGGAUAACGAGACCAAGGCCAAAGACGUGAUGGCGCGCUUCGAUUACGAGAACGGUCGUGGCACCAGAAGCACUAGCCGGAGGCCAGUACAGUAUUUGUUUGAGGUCGGAGGAAACAUAGGCGAGCGCUGCUUGGACCCUGAGACUCACCUACUAGACGUGUACCAUGUGAAUCCGCACUGUGAAUGGCUUUUAAAACCCACAACCACAUGAGAACUGAGGACUCACUCGCUCAACAGUCAGCAAGCAGACUGAACCACUGCCCUCUUGUGGUCGUCCUGGUGAACUGACUAUGCAUGGAGGUCUUGUUGACUUUAGGUUCAAUUUAGGUUUUAUCCCAAACAAUGGACCACUAAAAAGAGAGAGCGCUUAGAGAGGAACUGUGGAGAGAGACAUUCUCCUUCUGAAGGAAGGACUCAUCUCAGGCCCUGUUUGUGUGAUUAAACCUUUUAACAAAAUACUAAAAAUGACGGAAGCACUAUACUCUGAAUAUCCGGGUUCUGAAUGGAAGUAUUUGGAGGAGGGACAGCUUUGUGAAGACAUGCGCCACACACGUGACUGACGACAUCCCAUUGCUUGCCAUUGGAAUUGUUUGGUGCCAGAUAUUCACCUACUGGGUCGUUCCACCAAUUCAGUGCCCUUUGAGGAGAGGAACUCUUUUUACACUACGAUUUGGCUAUUAGAUCCUCAAUGUGUCUUUUGAAAAACAUAUUUAAAAAGGAUUAGUCUCACCAUAUUAAAACAAGAGUUCAGUGUCACGUAACUGGAUUGACCUUAAAAUGAGGGUCAGACUUAAAUGAAUCACUAAUCUUCAGAAAUUACUUUUGUCAAAGCAACAAAAU